CUACCCUGUACUGGAUGACUCAUCACGCCUUAACCCAAAUUUGCUCUCAUUCACUUUUUUCUGCACCUCAAAAUCCCUGUCACCUACACCUCUCCAACUCCAACUAAUUGAAUUACACCUUCACAAUGACGACACAAAAUCUACCUUCCGAAAAUACUUCAGAAACUCCAACGUUACCCCCCAAUGUGAUAAUAUUCACCCCCAAAUCACCCUCACCCGUCAACGCUCUUCUCACUGCGCGCAUCUUCACACGACUCGUCGCCAGCUCAUCCUGCACACCCGCCAAACUAGCAUCCAUCAAGAAAUAUCCCGGCGUACAAGAAGAUUUUUGUCUUAUCCACCGCAACGCUGUGCUUAUAUUCGACGGAGGCGACGAUGAGGAUUUGCAUCAUGAGCAUUUUAGAGUGAUUUGUCUUGCGCUGAAGGAGAAUGAUAUUGGGCUUGAUGUUGCAGGCUGUGUACAUGAUGCGACUGAUGCGCUUGCGGCGGGGUUUCAGCUUGAUAGGUUGAAUGAUAAGGCGGCUUUGGUUAUUGAUCUUGUUGUGGAGGAGGAUAGUGAUGAGGAUUCGGAGGCUUGAGAGCGAGGGUAUGGGAGAAUACAUUAUGACUAUUGGCAAAAGAGGGUUCGAGAAAAGCUAAGGGGCAAUCGCCCGGAUGAUCAAUGAAAGUUGUUCUGGACACUUGUUGGACAUUCGUUUGUCUACCAUCUGCGAUUCUAGCUCAUAUUAGCGUGUUAUUGUUGGUCGAAAGCUUAAGGAGGGCUAACGUCCUGACGAGGACCUUCGGCUAGGGGCGGAGGAAGUCACUAAGAAUGAGAUUGGAAGGCCAAUUGCUAGAUUUCUAUAUAAGAACUCACAUUG